GUUCUUGCAAAUCAGGAAGGCGAGUAGUUUUUAUUUGUGGUUAAACGUGUACAUGCAUAUUGCAAUAGUGUGCGUGUCUGACGACGCGGUCAGUUGCGAGCGCGCCAUCGCUCAGGUUAGUUGUGUUUAUUGUUCCCGGACGCUAAUUGCCGUGAAGUACUGUCAGCAUGUCAAAGCGCAAAGUUAUCCAUAGCGAGGGUCGAGCAAUCAUUGCUAAAGUCUUUCACUUUCUUAAAGAUGAAUAUAGUUUUAUGAAAGCAAAUAACAGUGAUGGAUGUGACCUAAGUCCAUUAGCAAACAUAUUAAAAAGAACUGCCCAAGCAACAGGCGUCAGUGAACGCACAGUAACUAGGAUUUUAAAAGAAGAGAAGGAGUUGCCAUCGUCAUCAACCAAGUUUACUUCACCCAUGAAAAAGCGACGUAAAAGAGACAGUAAAUUUAAUUUAGAUAAUAUGAAUCAAGAAAUUAUUCGAACUACAAUUCAAAAUUUUCAUAUAGAACACAAUGAACUUCCAACUUUGGCAAAACUUCAGUCUGCAUUAAGAGAAAAAAUUGGUUUUGACGGAUGUUUGAGCACAUUACGUUCGUUGCUUAUAAAAAUGGGCUACAAAUGGACCAAGAUUGAAAACAAUCGUAAAUCUUUACAAGAAAGGCAUGAGAUACAAUUGUGGAGAUUUAAUUUUUUGAAAAAAAUUCAUGAAUACCGUGAACAAGGCCGUCCCAUUAUAUAUACAGACGAAACCUAUGUGCUAACCUCGCAUGUACGUCAAAACACGUGGAAUUUAAAAAUGCUAGAUACUAAGACAAAAGACAAGUCAUUUAAAAAAAAGUUGAGUACCGGUGCUCGUUUUAUUAUAGUGCAUGCAGGUAGUAGUAGUGGAUUUAUUAAAGAUGUUUCGUUAAUAUACAAAGCAUCAUCCACAACUGGAGAUUAUCACUCUAAUAUGAAUUUCAAUAAUUAUAACAAAUGGCUGAAUGAAAAGCUGCUGCCAAAUUUACCAGAUAAAUCUGUUAUAGUGAUAGACAACGCAUCCUAUCAUAAUACUCGAAGUAGUAGUAUACCUACGUCAAAUUCGCGCAAGAGCGACAUGCAAAAGUGGCUGACGGAACACGGUAUUCCUUUCAAUGAACGGUCCCGCAACGUAGAAUUGUAUGAUUUAAUAAUCAGAAAUAAGCAGCGUUUUAUUUCAUAUAGAAUUGACGAGAUAAUAAAAAGCAAAGGUUUCGAAAUUCUUCGACUGCCACCAUAUCACCCCGAGUUAAAUGCCAUUGAAAACAUCUGGGGUAUUUUGAAGAAUAAGAUUGCCUCGAAAAAUAUUGGUCAAAAUAUGACAGAAGUACAAAAUUUAAUAGCUGAAGGUUUAAACAGUAUCGAUAACAACAUCUGGUUUAAUACAUGCAAGCAUGUCGAAAAAAUUGAAAAGGAGUAUAUGAAAUAUUUUGAUUAUGACUUUGAAUUUAUAAUUAAUGUGGGUGAAUCAAGUGAUAGCAGCACGACUGACUUUGAAACUAAUAGCGACAGUUCCGUAGAAGAUUAAUGCGACACAUUUUUCACAUUCGUAAAAAUAGAUGGAAGUUUGUUAUUAAAUAGUUCCAGCCUAACCUUAUUUUCAUAAUUUUGCCAUAUCUUGAGUUCAAUUGGGUAUCCUUAAGUCUUAAGUUUCGCUUAAAUUACCGUCAAACUUAAACCCAAAUGUAGAAAAACAUAAUUUUAUUUUAAUACAUUCCCUUACUUAGUAUUUUAAAUAAUAAAAAUUUUAGUUAAAAAGUUUUAUGUUUUAUUUUAAAAUCAAUUGAACAUAUAAAAAUAUUGGUAUUAUUUUUAUGCUAACCAUACCCGCUUUCGUUUUCACGCACACUUAGACACGUAUACGGACACGUAUUUACCACAAGUAAAUUCCGCUCGACUUCGUGAUUUGCAAGAAC